CAUCCAAACAAACAUAAGUCCUUCACAACAAUCUCAGCUUUCACUUGUUACAAACAACUUAGAAUCUCCACUAAACUCCCUCGAUCGAGUAAGAAAAAUCCUGCCUGAACCAUGGCCAUCCGCAUGCUUCGUAAUAUUCAUUCCAAGAAUUUUCUUAGAUGGUCUUCAUUGAUGAGAAACCAAACAACGUUAGAUAUUCCUAAAGGUCAUUUUGCUGUUUAUGUCGGAGAGGGUGAUAAGAAGAGAUUCCUUGUUCCAAUAUCAUACUUGAACCAGCCUUUGUUUCAAGAUCUGUUAAGUCAAGCUGAGGAAGAAUUUGGGUUUGAUCAUCCAAUGGGUGGCCUCACAAUCCCCUGUAGCAUGGAUGUAUUCAUUGAUGUCACUUCUCAAUUAAGUGUCAUAUGAAAUCUGCUGCUAGCUUAGUUUGGUUGAGAACAAUUUUGUAAAGCAGAGUUGUACAUUUUUAACCUAGCUAGAAUUGAUAAAAGCUUGAGGUGGAAAAUCAUGCCAUCCUAUGACACAGUUUUACUGUAUACCAUAGAAAAUAAAGUUAUAAACAUUUUGUAGGAAUAGUCAA